GGUAUUAAUUUGGAGACCUCCCAAAAUAAAUACUCCCUACUCCGUAGUUAAGAGAUCAUAGCAAUGAGAGCGGGCCUUUGUCCAACAAACCCUACUUUCGUGUAAAGAUGGCGGGAGGUAGACGCGACUACCCUGGGUGGAAUCCGCCGCCGCGGCAGUCUUCGGCGCCGCUUUCCUUUGCUGCUCGCGGUGGCCCUCUUGUUCCAGAAGAGGGGAAAAUCGUUGGGAGUACUCGUGCUGUGGGAAAAAGGAAACUCGUUAAGGGUCGCGCUGCGGCAAAAGGCAAAAUCGUUAAAAGUCGCGCUGCCGGGAAAGGGAAAAGCGUUAAGAGUGGUCGUGUUAGAUUCAGAUGAGGACGAGAAGCCAUAUGAAAGAACCAAAAUCAGACCGGAGGAUAGAUUCCGGUAUUUCUAUCCCGACGAGAUCACUUGCUACGACCUGAGUGGCGAGGAAUUGGAACCUGAUUUUCACGAAAAGUAUUUCCCUCUUGUUAUCCAACGAAAAAUAUCCUUCAACGAAUAUCAACAACGCGUAAUCUACAGCAAGACUUUUAAGGGAUAUUGCAGGCAAGCUAAUUCGAGUCAGGGGUUCGAUGUUGAGCAAUUAGUACCUCCAACUCAGUUUCCCCACAUUGUCGGUCCUAUAUCAAAGAGAAAAUCUCUUUCAAUUAAUCUCUUGAUAAAGUUUCUGGCUUAGCGGAAUUGGCUCUCAGCCGAUACAAUGGCCAUUUUGUAAGAUCUUUCUAUUUAUAUCCAUCUCUCUCUAGUUAAAUAUAUGUGUGUGUAGACACACAUAUGUAUGUCUAUCAGUAUUUCAGUAUUUGUAUGUGUAUCAGUCAUAUAAAGUUGGAGUAUUUGUUAAUUUCACAAGGGCCCUGAACAAAAGAAUCACUUCCGUCCCCAUUUUCCAACACUGACUUUUUGUAACCAACCUCUUUAUAGGAUAUGGUUUAUAUGGUGUAUUUAGUUUGAUAAAACAAUGUUUUUGAA